ACCGAGGCGAGCUGCGCUGCGGAGCAGAGUGAGGGGAGUGUCGUGCUGCCGCCGCAGUAAAAAACAGGGGAGGGGAGGCGAGACGCGGCCGCUGCCUGCCGCACAUGCUUUAAGUCCCACUCCCCACCGCCCCAGAUCUCCGACCUCCCCCAUUCCCCCCUCGCGGCCGCAACCGUCGCCGCCGCAGUCCGGAGCAAGAUCGGCGGGUAGACGGACAGACGGGCCGGCGGGCGCGGCUCUGUAUCUUAUCUGUCGGUGGAGACCGCGUGUGUCGGUUAGGCGGCGGGUGGCAAGGAAGAAUGGCGGCGGGCGGCAGAUCCGUCGCGUGCUGUGCCGCCGUGCUGCUCGCGGCCGCGCUGCUCCUCUCCGCACCGACUACCACAGAGGCUUAUGAUUCGCUGGAUCCAACCGGCAACAUCACUAUAAAAUGGGAUAUUAUGCAGUGGACUCCUGACGGAUAUGUCGCUGUUGUCACAAUGUAUAAUUUUCAACAAUUUCGGCACAUCGGCGCACCUGGUUGGCAGCUUGGGUGGACAUGGGCAAAGAAGGAGGUUAUAUGGUCAAUGGUUGGGGCUCAGACCACUGAACAGGGUGACUGCUCAAAGUUCAAGGGCAACACCCCCCAUUGCUGCAAGAAAGAUCCAACAAUUGUCGAUUUACUACCAGGCACUCCAUACAACAUGCAAAUUGCCAAUUGCUGCAAGGCAGGAGUCAUAAAUACCUUUAACCAGGACCCAGCAAAUGCUGCUUCCUCCUUCCAGAUCAGUGUUGGUCUUGCCGGAACUACCAAUAAAACUGUUAAGGUGCCAAAGAACUUCACUCUUAAGACUCCAGGCCCUGGGUACACAUGUGGGCGUGCCAUUGUUGGCAGGCCGACAAAGUUUUGGAGCGCAGAUGGGCGCAGGGCAACCCAAGCUCUAAUGACAUGGAAUGUGACCUGCACAUAUUCCCAAUUUCUUGCUCAGAAGACUCCAUCCUGCUGUGUCUCUCUCUCAUCGUUUUAUAAUGACACAAUUGUGAACUGCCCAACAUGCUCAUGUGGCUGCCAGAACCCAAGUGGGUCAAACUGUGUGAAUGAGGAUUCACCUAAUCUACAAGCUGCAAUUGAUGGUCCUGGCAAAUGGACUGGCCAGCCUCUUGUACAAUGCACUUCCCACAUGUGCCCGAUAAGAAUCCACUGGCAUGUGAAGCUCAACUACAAGGAAUACUGGAGAGUGAAAAUCACUAUCACAAACUUCAACUUCCGCAUGAAUUACACGCAGUGGAACUUAGUAGCUCAGCAUCCAAACUUUGAUAACAUCACUCAGUUGUUCAGCUUCAACUACAAACCACUUACUCCAUAUGGGGGUGGCAUAAAUGAUACGGCAAUGUUCUGGGGUGUAAAAUUCUACAAUGAUUUGCUGAUGCAAGCCGGCAAACUUGGAAAUGUGCAAUCGGAACUGCUUCUCCGCAAGGACUCCCGGACUUUCACCUUCGAUAAGGGGUGGGCCUUCCCACGCCGGGUGUACUUCAAUGGUGAUAAUUGUGUCAUGCCAUCUCCUGAAAAUUAUCCAUGGCUGCCGAAUGCAAGCCCUCUAACAAGACAACCAUUGACACUCCCACUCUUGGUAUUCUGGGUUGCCUUGGCUGCUCUGUUGGCUUAUGCAUGAUGAGUGGGAUCAAGAGGUUUAGCAAGCUUCAAGUUGAUGUCAGAUUCCAUGAGGUGCACUGCAACAGGUCAUUUAUUCAUUCAAUUCCAUGGUUGCACAGAAGAGAUGAGGCGAUGCCAAGAAAAAAGUUGAUAUGUGUGUGUGUGUUUUUGUAAGUUAAAGGGCCAAAAUGUAUUUCUUGUUUGGUAUAUAGCAGCCCUACAGCACUUUGGUGAACUUAGUUACUGCAAAUUAGGUAAUUACAGUUGCACCUUUUGUAUUUUAUAGCAAACCCAGAAUUUUUCAUUGGAUUAUAUGACUGCUCCACUUCUUGUAGUAAAUGCAAGGCUUCCCUGAUAAUGUUUUAAAGAUUGGUCGAAUAGAAGAGACAAUGGUGAUUGAGAUAACUAAA